CCCGCAACACACACGGCGACGCCUCCGAAAGCUGAGUUACGGAGCGCGGAACCAACCCCAUCCCCCCACACACGUCAACGCCUCCAAGAAGGAGAACUCCGGAGGCGAGAUGGUGAACUCUGGAGCCCACACCACGGCGGAUAAGGGCGGAGUUCCAUCCGCGGCCCAGCACGAGAACGACGAGGCGUACCUCGACUACGGUUUUUCCGCCGGCCGUGGCGAGAAGCCUCUCUAUCCGACCCGUACCGCGGCGGCCGCAACGGAGCAGGUCGCAGCCUACUGCAACCCCGGCAUGCACGCCGGCAAGGCCAUCCCGCUUUCUCCUCAGGUUGUCGCUGAUAAGGCGACGGCCGAUCCGGCGGCAGCCGUCGGCCAUGACAUGAAUGGUAGAGCACUCGCUGAACGCGUGCUCUGUGGCCUUCCAAUACUGGGACUCGCGGUCGCUUCUUCCGCCGUGACUGGGCUAGCCACCGACGCGCCCACCCCAACGAUGGGCUUCGGGCUGUUCCUGAUGCUGCUUGUUGGCCUCUCCGCCGCCAGUGUCCGUGUGCUCCAUGCGUAGCCAGCGUAGGUGUUGUGGUACGCAUGCAUGGGAUCACACUAAUAAUUUAGACAUAUCUUAAGAUCCGAUACAAACUGUAUGUCUUUCGUCUGCUUUGUAUUUGUACCUACUCUCAAAAGUUGUGUUUUAUCUGUUGGCAGAUAGGACUGAAUUUCCACGAGUUGCACA